AUGAAUGGGAUUCAGAACAGAAAGGCUCAAAAUAUAGAGAAACAAUUUCCAGGAUGCUUGGGCAGGAUGGUGAAUCUUUUUGAUUUAAGCAAUGGGGUCGCCGGAAACAGGCUGCUGACGGAUAAACCUCAUCGUGAUGGUGAUUUUACUGAGAUGGUUAGGGACAAUUUCCUUUCUGGCCUGACUGGGUCUGAAAUGACCUGUUUUAUCCUAUGCUCUUCAAUCUCAAGGAGUCAAUCAGAUGUGGCAAGGAUGUUGAGUGCACCUUUUGGAGAUCAGAUUGAGGAUAAAAUGAUCAUAUCUGAGUUGAGGAGAAGCUCCUCAAAUAAGAAAGCGAAUGGAACACCCAUGAAGACACUCAUUGCUCAAGAAAUGUCCAAAGAAGUGGAGUCUAAGCAUAAUCCACCCAACUUGGUUGCCAAGUUGAUGGGACUUGAUGCUCUUCCUCAUCAGCAGCCUAUUGUAGCUGCACAAAGAAGCCACUCUAGAGGUUAUUCAAGGCGUUCGUUAAGUCACUCAGAGAUACUUGUGGAGUCUUGGGAUGAAGAUCAUAGUUGUUUGGACGAGCAGAUGCCUUGUGAAGCCCACCCAUGCCAAGAGCAAAGCGAGUACAAAGAUGUCUAUGAGAUCUGGCAGCAAUCCCAAAAGACAACAAUGAGAGAUAGUUCACCUCAGAAAGGAAAUCACAAUGGAAAUGUAAAUACGAAAAAGAUGGCUCUUGUUCGCCAAAAGUUUAUGGAAGCAAAACGUCUGUCAACAGAUGAAAAAGGCCGCCAGUCAAAGGAAUUCCAAGAUGCACUAGAAGUUUUAAGUUCGAAUAAAGAUUUAUUCCUGAAGUUUCUGCAGGAACCAAGUUCAUUGUUCUCUCAACAUGUGAAUGAUCUGCAAUCUAUGCCUCCAUCUCCUGAGACAAAGCGCAUCACUGUUCUUAGACCUUCCAAGGUGGUUGAUAAUGAAAGAUUUGUAGGAUCAGAGAAGAAGAGUGAUAAACUGACAAAGAAACAGGCUCAUAUAGGUCAAGCCACUGGGUGGGAAAAAAAUAAUCUUGGAUAUUCUCCUGCCUUUUCCAGUCAGAAGAUCGAUGAAUGUCCUGCUCAACCCACUCGAAUAGUAGUAUUGAAGCCUAGCCCUGGGAAGAUCCAUAAUAUUAAGGCUUUGGUUUCACCGCCCUCAUCACCAGCAAGAAUGUUACACGGUGAAGAUUUUUAUGAUGAACCUGAUGAUGUUGAGGGUCAAAAAUCAAGAGAGGCAGUGAAGGAGAUUUCUCGAAACACAUGUGAAAACCCGAUGGGUCACCGGAGGGAUGAAACUCUUAUUUCUUCUGUGUAUUCCAAUGGCUAUAUUGGUGAUGAUAGUUCAUUUAACAAAUCAGAAAAUGACUAUGCAGUGGGGAAUCUCAGUGAUACAGAAAUCAUGUCACCGACUUCUAGGCAUUCAUGGGACUACAUCAAUAGGUUUGACAGCCCCUAUUCCUCUUCCUCCUUCAGCCGUGCAUCUUGUUCUCCAGAGUCAUCUGUUUGCAGAGAAGCAAAGAAGCGACUUUCUGAAAGAUGGGCCAUGAUGGCAUCAAAUGGGAGAGCCCAGGAGCAGAAAAAUGCCCGGAGAAGCUCUAGCACGCUGGGGGAGAUGCUUGCGCUUUCAGAUACAAAGAAAUUUGUGAAACCUGUGGAAGAGGUUAGUAAUAAGGAACAAGAACCAAGAGGAUCUACCUCAUGCAUCACUAGUCAUUUAACUAAGGAAGACAGCACACCUGGUUCUCCUAGAAGUCUUCUAAGGUCCAAGUCUGUGCCUGUCUCUUCCACAGUGUAUGGUGCCCGGCUCAACGUUGAAGUUUCACACCCUGAUCCUGGAAAAAUUGAAGUUCCGAAGGAGCCAACAAAGGCUAAGAGCAUGAAAUCUUCUCUAAAGGGGAAGGUUUCUAGUUUAUUUUUCUCCAGGAACAAGAAACCAAGUAAAGAUCAAUCCGUUGCAUGUCAAUCUAAAGAUGAAUCUCAGUCUGCCAUCCUUGAAACCCCACGGUUACCAGUUCCUCUCACGGAAAAAGUUGGUGAUGAUGCAGCUCAAUGUACUAAUAACUGUGGCUGUGAAAAGUGUUCAUCUCCUGGUUUACAUGGAUCAGGGAGCAUAACUUCAGAUUUUAUCAGCACGGGAACAAAUCAAGGCAUUGUUUCCCAUGAGGGAGGGCUAUCUGUAACAAAGCCUGUGGUACCUGGGAAUAUGAAUGAGAAUCAGGAUCAGCCAAGUCCUAUCUCUGUUUUAGAACCCCCAUUUGAAGAGGAGGACAACACAAUUCCGGAGGCUUCUGGCAGUGUCAAGUCAGAUUACAGGGGAAUAGAGGUGCUGCCUUUCAAGUCUAAUUUGAUUGAUAAAUCACCACCUAUAGAAUCAGUUGCUCGAACCCUAUCUUGGGAUGAUUCUUGUGCAGAGACAGCUAGUCCUUAUCCAUUAAAACACUCUCAGUCUCCGGUCUCCUCAGGUGCCGAGGAGGAUGCAAAGGACUGUUUUUUCUUUGUCCAAACUCUACUAACAGCAGCUGGCCUUGAUUCCGAGGUGCAAUUAGAUUCAUUAUUUGCCAAAUGGCAUUCACCCGAAAGCCCAUUAGACCCAUCAUUGAGAGACAAAUAUGCUAAUCUAAAUGAUAAGGAGCUUUUGCAUGAGGCAAGACGAAGACAGAGACGAUCGAAUCGGAAACUUGUAUUUGACUGUGUGAAUUCUGUACUUGUGGAAAUCACAGGUCAUGUAUCAGACGGGAGCACGAGGGCUGUUACAUGCAGUGGGGUGCAGAACAGGUUGACAGAGGGUGCGCAAACCAUGAUAGUUGACUACGUGUGGGCUCAAUUGAAGGAAUGGUUUUGUAGUGAUGUGAAAUGUGCUAUUUUGGACGGUGGGGACAGCAACAGCCUGGUGUUGGAGAUGGUGGUGAGGAAGGAGGUGGUAGGGAAAGGGUGGUUAGAUAAGAUGAGAGUGGAAUUAGAUAAUUUAGGGAACGAAAUAGAAGGAAAGUUGCUGGAUGAGCUCGUUGAGGAGGCUGUCGUUGAUUUGACAGGUAGGUUAAUAUCAGUGGUCUCUUUCCAAUCUGAAAACGAAAAGGAAUAUUGGAAGCAAUUCGAGUGA